AAAAGAGCUAAAACUGACCAUCUGCAUAAAGGACGACGCGGUGUUCUGAGCUACCUUGGCUUGUAAAUCAUUUUAUGCAGUAAGCUGUUCUGGAUUUUAAAAUACUGACUUUUGUUCCUCAAAGUCAUGGAUGGAAUUGGCUCGAAAGGUUUAAAAACAAAACUUAUUGUUAACUACUUACCGCAAAGUAUGAGUGAUGCCCAAUUUGAAAGUUUUUUUUCUUCUAUUGGUCCUGUCACCAGUCAUCGAGUAAUGCGUGACAAGACUACAUCAUAUAGCUUUGGAUAUGGUUUUAUUGACUAUGAACAGCCAGAGCAUGCUGUUGCUGCCAUUGAAAAAUUAAAUGGUUACAAAAUAGAAAACAAAACUCUUAGGGUAGCGUAUUCGAAACCUCCAGGAUCUACUAAGAAUAUUAACCUUUAUGUUAGUGGACUGGCACCCAGUGUUGAUGAGAAAAAGCUUAAGGAAAUUUUCUCACACCAUGGUGAAAUAGUAAAUACUAAAAUAUUGAGAGAGAAAGACAACUCAUCAAAGGGAGUUGGUUUUGUUUUGUUUAAAGAGAAGUCGGCAGCAGAUGCAGCCUUACGAGUACUACAAGGGUAUGGAGAUGGAUAUGGAACCAAUUUGCAGAUAAAAUAUGCUAAAGACUCAUCAGAACAACAGAAGUCGCAUCCUAAAUACCAUGAGUUUAUUCAAUCUAAAUUUCAAGAAAGUCAUUCACCAUUGCAUCAACCGUAUGUCUAUGGCAUGGUUCCACAGUAUAAUCAGAUGCAGAAUCAAACAGGUGGUUAUAUGGACAUGAAUAUAGGAGCAAGCUAUGGAGGAGGCUAUACAACUAUAGACUAUUCUGGUGCAGUACUGGGAGGUAUGGGUGCUCAAAAGUCCAUGAGAGGUAGAGGUGGAGGCACACGGUACAACCCUAUAGCACGUCCGACCCAAGUAGGAUUGGGUAUGUCAAUGGAUAGUGUGGAACAAAACGUGGUAGUUUUAUUUGUUUAUAAUAUUGGACCAAAUGCUACCGAAAGUGAUCUAUAUGGAUUGUUUUCAAGGUAUGGUCGCAUAACUAAAGUUAAUGUUAUUGAAGGAAAAGGUUAUGGAUUUGUACAUAUGCCAAUCCCAAUGGAAGCAACCGAAGCUGUCAAAGCGCUUAAUGGUAUGUUUUAUAAUGGUAAAACUCUUCAAGUCUCUGUAAAAACCAAGAAGUAACAAACCAUCUGGAAGAAAUGACAGUUGGUGUACAACAUCAACGCAGGAUAAAAGAUGAAGUCGGUGUUGUUCAUCACAUUCGCGUUUUGUUUCCAUGCAGUAGUGGGAGACAGAACAUGCGAAAAGUUCUUUUCUUCUGAGUUGUGCGAUGAUUACGAAACGUCAACUAAAUCCUUCGAUGUCGAUGAUUUGAUUGCGAGUGACGGUCGAGUCAAACGUCAACUUCCACCUGGUGGCGACGAUGUCAUCGAAAGGCGUAAGUGCAAAUACUCGACAGUAUUAAAUAAUUUAAAUACCAUUUCAACAACGUCAUAAUACAAUUUCCAACACCCUCUUAAUACCAUUUCCAAACCCUUCCCCUCAUUAUGAUUUCAAAUCUCUUCCCCCUCCAACAAUCUUCAACAAUCUUCCCUGUUUUUUAAAAUAGGUUUCUAAUAUUCAAUCUAGCUAAGUAAAUAUUUUUGUCCAGGAAGUUAUUUUUUU